AUGUCUUUGGGCCAACCACAUAGCGUGGUCAAUCCUCAAAAUGGUGAAUUACAAAGCAAAAUAAUUGAAGGUUCACAAGUCAAAGAUGACAGUAUAGAAAGCUCUCAAAAAGAGCAUCAACCAGUGUCAAACGAUCAAAUGGAUGUUGAUAAUAAACCUGAGCUUCAAUCUGAGAAACCUAAAAUAACACCAACUUCAUCAAGUGAAUCAACACAAACUUUAGACUUCAAAAACAAAAAUGCAAGAGAUGUUAAAAAAGAUGUGACUAUCUUACCGACAAAUACAAAAGGUUUACAUACCGUUUUUAUACAUAAAUUAUACAAUAUGUUGGAAGAUGAUGAUUUAAAACAUUUGAUAUGGUGGUCCUCAACUAAUGAAUCAUUCGUUAUUGCACCAGGUGAAGAGUUUAGUAAAGCUUUGGCACAAUAUUUCAAGCAUACAAAUGUUGCAUCUUUUGUUCGUCAAUUAAACAUGUAUGGAUUCCAUAAAGUUAGUGAUGGUUCAACUUCUGAUACAAAUGAUGUUACGUUAUGGGAAUUUCGUCAUAGUUCAGGAAGUUUUAGAAAAGGUGAUAUCGAUAGUUUAAAGUCUAUUAAAAGAAGGUCAUCAAAGCAUACUUCAAAAUCAAUCACUUCUAAUAAUGAAUACUCUGAUAAUGAAGGAAUUCAAUCAGAAAGAAGUAAUUCUUUAGUCGAUUCACAAGGUGAAACCCCUGUUGAUCCAGUUUUAAAUGUUAGACUCGCUGAACUUGGUCACAAUUUGGCUGCUUUAAGACAUGAACAUGCUAGAUUACAAUUAAGAUACGAUACAGCUAUAGAUGACUUAAGAAAAACAAAUCUAGAUAUGGUAUAUUUAUUAGAUCUUGUGCAAAAACUUGUACGUACUUCAAAUGAGGAAAAUCAAUCAAAAGAUACACAAACCAACUCAUCUCAGUCAACACAUAACCGUUUAUCAAGUCCAGUAACGCAUCAAAUUAGAAAAAUUGAUGAAGACCCUUUACCAUCACCAGGAACUGCGCCAAAUGAUCAUCAUUCUGAUCAAGUUGAUGAAAUUGAGCAUGAUAUUGCAAGAUUCAGAGCUUCAAUAAUACAGAGAGCUGCUUCAAGAGAUGUUGACCAGUAUUCUGUUUCAUUUGCACCAUCUUAUCAAUUGAAUCCAAGAACUUCACAACCCCAUGUUCAACCCCCACCACCGCCACCACCAAGAUCAUCAACUCCUAGUGGUACGCAGGAGACUUAUCCUUAUCCAUAUCCACAAAAUCAACCAGGAGCUGCUCCACAGCAACAUCCAGGUCCACCACCAUUUCACCAACCACCUCAACAGCAUUUACCGCCUCAUUUACAACAACAGAAUCAUCAUCAAUUACAAGUACCCGGCCCUCAAAUAGUUCAAGAUCCUUUCCAUGCAGAUAGAAAAGCAUCGAAUUCUUCAUCCUCAAAAUCAAGAAAUAUGUCAAUCUUAUAUGAUCCUUUGGCUCCUGCUGGGCCAGGUGGUGCUGCUAUUUCGCCUGCAAGCCAAGGCUCUUACAAUAGAAGUUCUGUGUCUGGACAUCUUUCUAAUACUGAUACUAAUAUAACCUCACCAACAAUUGCUCAGAAUAGUUAUUUCCCUGAUUAUAAUACUUUGCAAAGAUCACAUUCACCACAUCAAGUUGUUAGAGAUCAAAGAGCUGGUUCUUUCCCAGGUAUCGCACCAGGUAUUCAAAAUACAAUGAGAGCAGAUGGUUUAAUGAGAAAAAGACAUAGUUCUAAUGAUGCUACUGAAUUUUCAAGAGUUCAAGAAUUUAAUUUCAACAAUCCACCAAGAAGUAUACCAAUUUCAAGACCUGAAGAUACUAUUCAUCAAAAUAAUGAGCCAAGAAAAUCUGCAAGUGCUACAAGUUUAACUUCUCUUAGAACAAAUCAUAGUCAUGAAAAUUUGAAAAGUUUAGAUAAUAGUGGGGCUCCUUUCAAUCCAAAUAAGCCUCAACAACAACUACAACAACCAUAUUAUCCAUCACCUCAAUUACAUCAACAGCAGCAACAGCAGCAACAGCAAGGUACAUCUGGAUCAGGAGUAUAUGCCCUUCUUAAUCCUAGUGACCAAGGAAGACCAAUUCCAAAAAAAUCAAGAAACGCUUGA